AUGGCAAUGUACAUUGAAACAACUCGAGAUGGGCGCCCUCAAGAUGCGACGACCCUAGAAGAAGCAGCAGAGGAACUACUCAAUGGUCUCCUCUGUCACUACGAACCUCCCGAUCCAAGGACGGUUCGGAAAAUGCAAGAAGCGGCUGGAAGUAAAAAGAGCAAACAUCGCAGCAUCCUGAGAGCAUCCACCAAACUGUUUCGACCGAAGCGAAACAAACGACAAAAAGCCAAGAGCGUGCGAUGGAAGGAUGAACAGCACAAGAGCCAAACGCCUGAUAUUUACGAUAUCGGAAAGGGAUGCCAAGAUGCCCUGGCUGAAUGUGGUCCUGGCAAUGAUGCUGAUUACAAUUUGCAAAAGGAAACCGAACGAUUGGCCGAGUUGACAUCCCAACGAACUCCCAAGCCAAUUGGCAAACGCAUUCGAGGCAAGGACUACGACGAUGAUGACGAUGAGGAUGAUGACGAUGACGGUAUUAUCAGUGAUGAUCCGUCAGCUGGAAAAGGGGGAUCUGGAGCUGUUAAUGGGGGGACCACCAAUCCAAGCUCAAGCCUUAAGCCUUCGUCCUACGGCAACAGCAAUGGCAACAGCGGCAAUGGCAACAACAACAAAAGCAGCAGCAGCACCACCAAGAAAGAAGCAGAUAACGAUCCCAUUAGUGCAUAUCGCAUUGCCACUAUUUCACCCAAGACCGACGAUAGCCAUUUCAUGCAAGACGAUGUCCCAGACGAUGUCAGCAGUCUCUUUGAUGAUCAGGGCAAUGUCGUCAUGGAAGCACAAGCAGGUGAGACUACCAAGGACAAAACGGAGGUGUCCAAGUACGGGCCACCACCAUCUCCGACGCCGACACCGCCAACACGAUCGGAUCCACGCAAUGAUCCGCGGAACAAGCCCAGGCAAUCACGACAGCGUCAGGAACGCCAUCGCUACGAACGGCAAGUACCGUCCCCUACUCCUGGUACCCUCUGUGGGAUUAUGUGUGACCCAAAGUACAUUAACUGUGAUGUCGGCGACCCAGAUGGGUAUCAGUCGUACUACGAUGGAUAUGCUCGCCCUCCUCCGCCACCCCCGCCUCUCCCCGGAAAGUCGAACCACUACUAUCGCUACGACGAACCCGAUAACUCGCUUAUUUCAGCCAGUGAUGGGGAAGAAUCGACAACGGUAGACUCAGAGGGACCAGAACCAGUGACGCCCACCAAGAGGAGCUUUCGAGAGAGGUUUCGGCGAAAGAGCAAGAAGAACAAGGCCUCGCCGCCUUCGUCUCCUACCGGGCGAUCCGACGACGGCACUUCUUCCGCAGGAGGUAGCAAAGCGGGCAAGUUUCUUCAAAGGGUUCGAGGACGAUCGCCGGGAAGACGGGGAAGAUCAAGAUCCAAGUCUCCUGGUCGUGUUGUGGACGAGAGUAAGGUCAGUGACCCCCGAAAGGACAGAAAGUUCCCCUUGUCACCAAUGUCCUUCAUUACAGGCAACCGCUCGUUCUCUCGAUCUCCAAGAGCCAAAGCUGCGCGAGAUCAAAUGGCGUCUGAGUCAGAGGCAAACUACAGCAUGGCGAGCGGCGAUUCGUCCUCACGAAGGACAUCCAAAUCGCCCCUUAAGCGAAGAUGGUUUGGAUCUCGGGGCCGAAAGCAGGCACGAGACCAAGAUUGGGACUAUCCUUCGCAAGGUCAACUUCCAUACGGAGGCCAGAUCCCACACACGCCAAGUCGCGGUCGCAGUCUCGAACGGCAAAGUCAAAUAGGUCUUUCCAGGAGUCAAAGCUACGACAAGAUGGACCCGAUAGACCGAGCAGGUAUGAGCGACUUCGACACUGUCGAGAUGUCAGCGUCAUUGCAUCCGUCGCGUAGCCGCAGUUUGGAUCGACAAGAUCGUCCACAACAACAACAACAACGAGGACGUACCAAUAGCUACGAACGAGCAGAGUCGCAUAUAGGGCUCUCACGCUUAAGCUUUGACAAUGAUGACAUGCUACGCCCAUCACGAAGCAGGAGUCUUGAUAGGCAAGAUCAGGGUCUAAGCCAGACGAGGAGUCGAAGCCUGGAGAGACACGACCCUCGCCUUCAGCCUUCCAGAAGUCGAAGCCUUGACCGGCAAGACUCGAGGUCGCACAGCAGUGGCAGCAAUGGGAGGCCGCAGUAUGACUAUCCGAGGCAGAACUAUGACGCAGACCCAUAUUUCAAUGCUCCUGGUGCGCGUUAUCAACGUCCUCCCCCACCUAUGGAGUCAAGAAGGCAAUCUUAUCCACUUGUGCCUGCUUCUAGUUAUCCUUAUCCUGUCCCGUCUGACAAUCGCCAUCAAGCCCCUCCAAUGCAACCAGCACCGCAUUGGUCACAACGAGCACAACCACCACCGCCCCUUUCGACUCGUGACGACUAUGUGAAUCAGCAACAAUAUCAGCAGCACGCGAUGAACCAGAGGACGGGUUCGUAUCCUCCUCCACAGGGUGUAUAUCAGCAGCAUCCGAUGAACCAGAGGACGGUUUCAUAUCCUCCUCCACAAACUACGGGUGUAUAUCAGCAGCAUCCGAUGAAUCAGAGGACGGGUUCAUAUCCUCCUCCACAAACUACGGGUGUUCAUCUAAUCGACGACAGGGCCAGCUUUGACUAUACCGGUACCGAACCCAAGGGGAGGGUUCAAUCAUGGUGGAGUUCCCGACAGCAGCGAAAGACAGCAGCGGAGCCACCGGCCGCGAUUUAUUCGCACCAACCACAGCAACAGCAGCAGCAGCCGCAUCCUCCACUGCCGCAUCAACAGCAGUACCAGCCCGCUGCGCAGAGGACUUUUUAUUCACAUGAUCCCCAACCAACAGCUCAUGCAAUCACUGCCGUGCAAGGAAGAGAUGUGUUUCCGCCUACGCCCAUGCAACGGGACCAAUACGGUGAUCAGUACGGUGGACAAAAGUCGCAGCAGUAUCCACAGCAGAUGCCCGCUACACCUGCAUUGCGUUCCGGCAUACAUUCGUCAACAGACAACAGCACAUAUGAUAAACAGAACGAUCUGAUGCCUCGACGAGACCCAACCCCUCGAGGCAACACCCGCAGCCUGUUCGACUUUGUGCGGUCACCACUUCUUCAACAGCAGCCUGUGCGGCAACCAUCGCCACCACUCAACAGGCCAUUCAAUGUUGCUGAAGAGAUUCACAGAGUAUCCUGGGGACAGGCACGCCGCACAGAAGAGGCACAAGACGAAACACUAAAUCAAACUCCUGAGCAUGUAAACUAUGCGGAUGAACAACAACAUGUGCACUAUGCGGAUAAUGAACCUGAACUUGCCAAAAAGCCUCAGGUUGUCGAGCAAGAGCAACCACAACCAAGAAUUCCAUCUACCCUACCGGGAAAGAAAGAAAAGCCGAUCCCACCACCGCCGCCUCCUCCCCCGCCACUGACUCAAUCUAGGCCACAUCCACAGCCACAAGAUCAGGUGCCGCCUCAGAAUGAAAGGCCACCGUUUCCAACUAAAACAAACAGUGUCCCUGAGGACAGGCCGCCUCCAACUAACGCAAACAGUGUCCCUGAGGACAGGCCAGUUGAGUUUUCUGAUACGGUCGAUGAGAAUCGCAUGCCGCCUGCACAGAAGAAAGAGGGCAAAGGCAGGAAGCUGCUGGGCCUUUUCGGGCGGGGAAAGCGGAAACAGAAGCAGCGAGUUUCAAGUGGAUACUCGGACGCAGAAGGCACAAUGACGGACGAAAUGGACGACUCUAUUUUCAGCGACGCCGUGCUACGAGAUAGGCACGACCGAUACAAAACUCAAAUUUAA